CACUCUCCGUGCCCGUUGUCGUGAACAGAAUCUCCACGGAGAGGAGCUGCAGCUCGCUUUAACGCGGCAGGGAUCAAGCUCUCCGCGCCGCUGAGGCUGAGGAGUACGGGAAAAAAAACAGUAAUAAAGAAAAAAAAUCCGUUGCCAAAAUCUGGGAAACCGUUGCUCUCCCCCAGAUGUCAUGAGCGGUGAGCCGAGCAGUCCUUGCUUCAGCUAUCAAAUGUCUCCCAUCUCUCUUUCUCCACAUCCCCCUCGCCUUCUACUCCCCGGUGCAUUAGGAGCCACGGCGUAUGGUGAUUGCAGCGAGAUCCGAACCCCUCACACCCUCCAGCCGACCAGGCUGGCUCUGCUCGCCGACGGGACGACAGCUCUCUCCCUCUCCCGCUCUCUCUCCAUUUCUCCCCUCCUCCUCUCGCCGGCUGCGUGGAGGAGGUGGGGGCUGGAAGGUAGUCAGGUGCGUUGAAGGAGGGGGCUCCGACUGUCAGUUUGUUUUGGGGAAAAAAAAGCCGGGCAGCGCUGAGCUCAGGCAAGCAGAGAGAGACAGAGACAGAGAAAAGACGGGAGUGCAGCGUGUCCUGAAUGCAGUAUCAGCGGAGCGAAUCCCUCCCACUGCCGACCGCCGAGCCCGUGACCCCAGGAUUCAAGCAGCCGCAUGUUCAAAGCCAUCUCUCACUGAACAUCGACCCAGUGAACGUCCUCCUGGCAGGACGGCUGAUCAUCAGAUGCUGGAAUACCGUUAGGCCUCUUGUCUCUCCAGAUCCCACAUCUGCCUCUGUCGACAAUCCCGCCGACAGCUAGAAGUUGCCCGCUCUGUACUAUGCGAUAGACUCCCGAGCCGACUUUAUGGCUUCGCUGUAUCAAAGAAUCACCGGGCAGAUCAACACUUCCAGAUCUUACCCGGCUCCGGCUGAAGGCAGUCACCUGCUCGCCGGUCAAUGCACCGAGGAGGACACCGCGGGUAAAGGUGUACGCCCCCUGGAAGAGAAUCGGCCCCGUUUCCAUUACCAGCACAGUGAAGAUGAUGAACUGGUUGGGAGUAACCCUCCACAGAGGAACUGGAAAGGGAUAGCAAUCGCACUGCUGGUUAUUCUCGUCAUCUGCUCUCUGAUUGUAACCUCAGUCAUCCUCCUCACUCCAGUUGAAGAUAACAGCCUGGCAUUAAAGGCGAAGGUCACCAUUGAUGAUCUCUUCACUGAAGAAUUCAAGAUUCAUGAUGUGGAGGCCAAAUGGAUCAGCGAUACCGAGCUGCUGUAUCGUACCUGGGAUGGAAACCUGGAGAGGCUUAACGUGGAAACCAUGGCCACAACACUUCUGAUGACAAACCGGAAAUUUCAAGAAUUUAAAGUCAGCAGAUAUGAAGUAUCACCUGAUAUGAAGUUUGUUCUGCUUGCAUACGACAUUGAACAGACUCACCGCUAUUCCUUCACUGCUCAAUACACACUGUGUAACCUACACACAUGGGAACAUCUUGCCCUAAACCCACCAGAGGUUAAGAAUGCACGGUUGCAGUACGCAGGCUGGGGUGUCAAAGGUCAACAGCUGAUUUUCAUCUUUGAGAACAACAUCUUCUAUCAACUGAACGUUAAUAGUCAAGCCAUACGUCUGGUAGCAACUGGGAAGGAGGGGAUCAUUUUCAAUGGCCUGAGUGAUUGGCUAUAUGAAGAGGAGCUGCUCAAAACCAAUGUCGCUCACUGGUGGUCUCCAGAUGGUGCCAGGCUGGCUUAUGCCACCAUCAAUGACUCGAGGGUCCCCACCAUGGAAAUACCAAUGUACCUCAACUCCCUGUAUCCGACUGGAAGGAUGUACCCUUAUCCUAAGGCUGGCCAGGAGAACCCGACCAUCUCCCUGUAUGUGGUGAAUUUAAAUGGACCGACGCACACACGUGAGAUGAUCCCCCCGGAUGACACGAGGAUGAAGGAAUAUUAUGUUACCAUGGUUACGUGGGCCAGCAGCACCAAACUAGCAGUGAACUGGCUGAACAGGCCCCAGAAUGUUUCCAUCCUGACUUUAUGUGAGGCAACGACAGGCAUUUGCACAAAGAAACAUGAGGAUGAAAGUGAAAGCUGGCUGUCUAGACAGAAUGAACCGCCUCUAUUCUCCAAAGAUGGAAGGAAGUUCUUCUUCAUUCGCCCCAAUCCACAGGGAGGACGAGGAAAGUUCUACCACAUCGCCAUGUCAUCUGCUCAAGUUAACAACAGUAUCGAUAACUUGCAAUCCAUCACCUCCGGUAACUGGGACGUGACGCAGAUUUUGACAUACGAUGAACUUCAUCAAAAAAUUUAUUUUCUAAGCACAGAGGAUUCUCCGUUACGUCGACAUUUGUACAGUGCAGAGAGCAGCGAAACCUUCAACCGGCGCUGCCUGUCCUGUGACCUGAUCCCGAACUGUACGUCCUUCAGUGCUUCAUUCAGCCACAACAUGCGUUACUUCUUGUUAUACUGCAAAGGUCCAGGAGUUCCAAGAGUCACUGUUCACAGCACAAGUGAUAGACAUGAAUAUUUUGUGCUGGAGAAAAAUGAGAAGGUCUACAAUGCUACUGAGAGCAAACAAAUGCCCAAGAUAGAGUUCACAGAAGUUCAGAUAAAGGACUACACUCUCAAAAUGCAAAUUAUCAAGCCAGCAGGAUUCUCAGAGUUGUCGCAAUACCCUUUAUUACUUAUUGUUGGUGACAGUCCCGGUACCCAGAUCGUCACAGAGCAGUUCCAAGUCGAUUGGACAACAGUCCUUGUUAGCUCAUUCAACACUAUUGUCGUUAAGUUCGAUGGGCGUGGCAGUGGCUUCCAAGGUACUAAGCUCUUGUAUGAAAUAAAGGGAAACCUGGGAACGGUGGAAGAAAUGGAUCAAACAGAUGCUUUGAAGAUUCUCUUGAAAGAACCUUACAUUGAUGCGACUAGAGUUGGAGUUUUUGGGCAGGCUUAUGGCGGUUAUUUGACUUUGAUGUUACUUACAACAGAAAACAACCUGGACAAAAAAAAUGCCUUAUUCAAGUGUGGAAUUGCACUUUCACCAAUCACAGACUUUAAAUUGUAUGCCUCUGCGUUCUCGGAACGAUAUCUGGGCAUGUUCAGCAGAACUGAGAGAGGUUAUGGGGUGUCAGAGGUUCCAUAUCGUGUGCUACGGCUGAGAGAGGAAGAGUUACUGUUAAUCCACGGGACUGCAGACGAAACUGUCCACUUCCAGCAUACGGCAGACCUAAUAACCCACUUAAUCAAUGCAAAGGCCAACUAUUCUUUACAGAUAUACCCAGAUGAGGGCCACUUCAUGGAGAAAGCCUCAGUCAAACAGCAUCUGCACAAAUCCAUUGUCCGGUUCUUCGGGAAAUGCUUCAGUGUCCCUGACAAGACCCUGAUAAAAACAGAAAUGGAGGAGGAAGAGGAAGAUUAAACUUUUUGAGCUGGGUGCCAAGCACAAGACAUCUCUUUUAUAGAUACAACUGAUUUUCAUUUUCCAAUACAGUGUUAUGUUAGCAUGUUACAGAGACUGAGAGCAGCCUCACCAAUGUCACAGCUUCGUCAUUGGAAGAGCCUCCAGCAUGAGAAUCAAAGUCGGAGUGUUGAGUGUUCCACUGUUACGGACAUGCCCCUUCCCCACCGACCAAACAAAAAAAUACAGGUCGCGUCAAUUUCUGUAAUUUCCUCAUGUGAUGGGACGUAAGUGGAUGGAUGGCCGAGGAAAGAAUCAGCAAGUAAAAGGUCAGGUAGGGGCAAGAGUUGCCCACCCAGUCAGUGAAUGAUCUGUCAGGUCCACCUAGAGGUCACGCACAAUGGCAGCAACACCCGAUACAUCAGCAGACAGUCCUGUUAUUCAUGGCAUGAGGCGGGAAGCAAACUGUGACAGCGGUUUUAUAGCACAACACGUUUUGACCUGUAGGGGAACCUCCAUCCUUUGUAUUUCAGGAGUCCACCUCCCCUCACAUUCAGCCUAUGGUAUCCUCAGGGGUCUAAACUGAAGGCUGAUGCAUCGCCUGGCUGAUUGUGCCAGCCGGCCCUCUUUUUGGUACACUGCCCCUGUCCCCCAUCUUCAAGGAAUUGCCCAGACCAUGGGCAUUUGCAGUCAUCCGCCCAUUCAAGAGUUCGGCCAUCCCUGUACUGGCAGAUAAUAAAGGUUCUCCAUCUCAUGCCAAACCUCUGAAUCACCUGGGUCUGUAUUGCCUGAAUGAACUAGACUGCCCAUCCCUCCUUCCUUGGAAAUAGCUGUCCUCUUCGUUUUCAUCACAGCUCCAGUUUAGCCUGUCUUAUCAGUAACAGUGAAGCCCAGCUCCAACUCACAGUUGCUGCAGUGUUUGCUGCUGCUUCCCUCCACUGUACUGCACAUACACUCAGCGGCCACUUUAUUUCACACACCUGGGAACCCAGUGUGGUCUUCUGCUGCUGUAGCCCAUCCACUUCAAGGUUCGAUAUAUUGUGCAUUCAGAGACACCACUGUUGAAUCGCAUAGUUACUGUCGCUUUCCUGUCAGUUUGAAACCGUCUGGCCAUGCUCCUCUGCCAUCGCUCAUUUACAAGGCAUUUUCGCCCACCAAAGUGCCACUCACUAGAAUUCUUUGUUUGUUUUUCGCACCACUCUCUGUAAUCUCAAGAUUCUGCUCAGCGUGAAAAUCCCAAGGGUUCAGCAAUUCCAGAGAUACUCUAACCACCCCAUCUGGCACCAAUUUCAGUCAUUUAGAUCCCAUUUCUUCCCCAUUAUGAUGUUUGGUCUGAACAACAUCACAACCUCUUGUCCCUGUCUGCAUACUUCUAGGCAUUGAGUUGCUGCCAUAUGAUGGUCUGAUUAGGUAUUUGUAUUAACGAGCAGGUGUACAGGCGUACCUAAUAAAGUGGUCAGAGUGUAUGGCAGUGAUGAUAAACAUGAUUCUGAUACACCUUAUUUGCUAAUGAUAACAUGACAGGAUUCCUUAUGUACAAUACUUGUGUUUCAGCUUUCUGAAGUUCAUCUGUGCAUGGAAAAGUGUGCUUUAUUUCUUUGCGCUGUAGCUUCAAGGUUGCUGCCUCCUCCUUCAUACUGUUUCAUCAACCUGUGUGCCAUUCCUUGGCAGCAUCUAUUUAAUCCUCUGAGCACCACCUAUAAAUCACAUUGCAACUAUUUGCAUGCUCUCUUCAUUUCACAGCUCUCUUGAAGCUAAACUAACAGAACAGAGAGAAAAAUUGCUCCCAGCUUCCACAGGUAAUUUGCUGCUACAAAAUACAGACUGGUAUUAAAUGUUUAAAAACCAGGAAAGGUGGACUACAUGAGCCAAGUUUAUAAGUGAUCUUGAAGAAAAUCUGCUCAGUGCCACAUUAUUAGGUCGCUCCUGUACCUAUGUAGCCACUCAGUAUAUAUCCUCCGUCUUCUCCUGCUGUAGCCCAUCCACUUUAAGGUUCAAUGCGUUUUGUUCAGAGAUGCUCUUCUGGGCACCACUGUUGUGACGUGUGGUUAUUUGUGUUAUUGUCACGUUGAACCAGUCAGGCCAUUCUCCUCUGACCUUUCCCAUUAACAAGGUGUUUUUGCCCACGGAACUGCUACUCACAGGAUUUUUUUUUUUGUUUCCUGUACCAUUCUAUGUAAACUGUAGAGACUGCUGUGCAUGAAAAUUUUUUGGAAAUCAGCAGUUUCUGAGAUGCUCAAACCACCUCUUCUGGCACUAGCAACCAUUCCACGGACAAAGUCACAAAGGUCCCAUUUCUUCCCCAUUCAGAUGUUCGGUCUGAGCAACAUGUGAGCCUCUUGAUCAUAUCUGCACGCUUUUAUGCAUUGAGAUGCUGCAACAUGAUUGUCUGAUUCGAUGUUUUGCAUUAACGAGCAGGGGUACCUAAUAAAGUGGCCACUGUGUUUAUAGAAUCAUAGAACACUACAGCACAGAAAACAGGCCAUUCAGUCCUUCUAGUCUGUGCCAAAACAUUAUUCCACUAAUCUCAUUGACCUGCAUCCAGUCCAUAACCCUCCAGACCUCUCUCCUCCAUGUACCUAUCUAAUUUAUUCUUAAAACUUAAGAGUGAGCACACAUUUACCAUGUCAGAUGGCAGCUCAUUCCACACUCCCAUCACUGAGUGAAGGAGUUCCCCCUAAACCUUUCCCCUUUCACCCUAAAGCCAUGUCCUCUCAUAUUUAUCUCUCCUAAUCUAAGUGGAAAGAGUCUAUUCACAUUUACUCUGUCUAUACCCCUCAUAAUUUUGUAAACCUCUAUCAAAUCUCCCUUCAUUCUUCUACGCUCCAAGGAAUAAAGUCCUAACCUGUUCAAUCUUUCCCUAUAAUUCAACUCCUGAAGACCCAGCAACAUCCCAGUAAAUCUUCUCUGCACUCUUUCAAUCUUACUGAUAUCCUUCCUAUAGUUAGGUGACAGGAACUGUACACAAUACUCCAAAUUUGGCCUCACCAAUAUCUUAAACAACCUCCCAUAACAUCCCAGCUCCUAUACUCAAUACUUUGAUUUAUGAAUGCCAGGAUGCCAAAAGCCUUCCUUACAACCCUGACUACCUGUGACACCACUUUCAGGGAAUUAUGUAUCUGAACUCCCAGAUCUCUUUGUUCCUCCGCACUCCUCAGUGCCCUACCAUUUACUGUGUAUGUCCUUCCUUGAUUUGUCCUUCUAAAAUGCAACACCUCACACUUGUCUGCAUUAAAUUCCAUCUGCCAUUUUCUGGCCCAUUUUUCCAGUUGGUCCAGAUCCCUCUGCAAGCUUUGAAAGCCUUCCUCACUGUCCACAACACCUCCAAUCUUAGUGUCAUCAGCAAACUUGCUGAUCCAAUUUACCACAUCAUCAUCUAGAUCAUUGAUAUAGACAACAAACAACAAUGGUCCCAGCACAGAUCCCUGAGGCACACCACUAGUCACAGGCCUCCAAUCUGAUAAGCAAUCAUCCACUACCACUGUCUUCUCCCACACAGCCAAUUUCGAAUCUAGUUUACAACCUCUCCAUGGAUACGUAGUGUCUGUACCUUCUGAACUAACCUCCCAUGUGGGACCUUGUCAAAGGCCUUACUAAAGUCCAUGUAGACAACAUCCACAGCCUUUCCUUCAUCUACUUUCUUGGUAACCUCCUCGAAAAUCUUUACAAGAUUUGUUAAGCACGAUCUACCACGCACAAAGCCAUGCUGACUAUCCUUAAUCAGCCCUUGGCUGUCCAAAUAUUUGUAUAUCCAAUCUCUCAGAACACCUUCCAAUAAUUUAUCUACUACUGAUGUCAGGUUCACAGGCCCGUAAUUACCUGGUUUACUUUUGGAGCCUUUUUUAAACAAUGGAACAACAUGAGCUACCCUCUAAUCCUCCGGCACCAUACCCGUGGCUAAGGAAAACACACAAAACUUGCUCACAUCUUUCACAACUAUGCUUCAAUAAUUCUGGAAUACACUGAAAUUUUAGAAGAAUCGUACACCACACAAGCUCAUCCUGUGCUCCAAUUCGUCCAUGCCAACCACAAUGCCAAUUUUCAUUAGGCUUCUACUCCUUUCCUGUACAAAUAUCUAUCCAAACACCUUUUAAAUGCUGUAACUAUCUUCCUCCAGAACUUCCUCAGUCUCCUCUUUCUAAAUUUUUCACAUGGUGAGUACUUGCCCCUCAGUUCUCCUUCAAAUCUCUCCCCUCUCACCUUCAAUCCGUACACUCUAGUUCUUCACUUCUCUGCCCUGGGAAAGUGACCUGAUCUAUGCCUCUCAUAAUUUUAUACAUACUUGCAAGGUCACCCCUCAGCCUUCUUCAUUUCAGUGAAAAUGAACCCAGCCUAUUUGUUUGUUUAUUUAUUUGAGAUACAGCACGGAAAAGGCCCUUCCAGCCUGUCAAGCUGUGCUGCCCUGACAAUCCCCCAUUUCAACUCUAGUCUAAUCAGAAGACAAUUUACAAUGACCAAUUAACCUACCAACUGUUACGUCUCUGGACCGUGGAGCACCCCGAGGAAAUGCAUGCAGUCACGUGGAAAACGUCCAAGCUCCUCGCAGGCAGCGGCUGGAAUUGAACCUGGGUCGAUGGUGCUGUAAAGUAUUGUGCAAACCACGGUACUACCAUGCUGCCUCAUACCUACAGCCCUUCAGGCAACAUCCUGGUGAAUCUCUGAGGAACAAUUUCUAAUGCACCACUUCCUUCCUGUGGUGAGGUGACCAGUGUUACUCAUUAUACUUGAAAGUGUGGUUUUUAGCAAUUGCAACGUGACAUCACAAUUCUCAUAGACCACUAGAGCGUGAAACAUUGGAGCAGAAUCAAGUCAUUCGGACCAUUGAGUCUGCUUGGGCAUUCCAUCAUGGCUGAUUUCUUCUCCCUCUCCAACCCAUUCUCCUGCCUUCUCCCCAUGUUCUUUGAUACCCUACUAAUCAAGAACCUAUGAACCUCCACUUUAAUAUACCCAAUGACGGUCUCCACAGCCACCUGCAGCAAUAAAUAUCACAGAUUCACCGCCCACUGGCUAAAAAAAAUCCUCCUUAUCACUGUUCUAAAGGGACAUCCUUCUAUUCUUCUAUUAUAUUAAAUGCCUCAGCCUAUAAAGGCCAGCAUACCAGUUGUCUUUUUCACUACCCUAUCUACCUGUUCAGUCACUUCCAGUGAGGCAUAGGUUUGCACCCCAAGGUAUUAUGGUAUGUCCACGCAAAGUCUGAUGUUGUUCUUAACAGUUUUUUCAUAGAUACUCUUAAAAAAAAAAUAAACAGAUUGGGAAAGGGGGCAGCAAGAUCUUGCCCUUUUGUUUAGUGCUCAGAGGAUUAACAAUGCAAACAUUUCCUUUAAUAUCACCUUCCUGGACGUUACAAGUAUUUUGCCCAUUGGUGUAGCAAAUGCAUAAUUUCGCAUCUUUGCGCCGCUAACAAGGAGCUGAAAUCUCGACCUUUUACUCAAAACUUUCUCAGUUGAGAAGAUUAUAAAGAUAUUGUUGUAAUUUUACUUUGAACAGCAGGCAGAUAACUUUGGUGCAAGUAAUAUCCUUAUAAUCUUCUCAAGUGAACAAGUUUUGAGUAAGAGGUCAAAUUGAAAAGGGUAGUGAAAAUCUAAAAGGCCUAGAGGUUUCUACCCCAGGGAGAUGGCAACGAUUACAAUUGUAUCCCUUUGAGUUUUGAAGAUUAAAGGGUGAUCUAAAUGAUGCGUCCAGAGAUGUUGAGUGAGAAGUUUCUCCUGGUGGGAAUGAGAGAUGUUUAUAAACUCCCUUUUGAUUCUUCUUGACAUGAAUCCAAACUAAGGGAUAUGUUGAAGGGCCAGCAUGGUUGUUGUCGUCCACGUCCCCCUGGGCUGUACAGAUCUCUGCGUCUUAGCCUGGCGAGGUGUUAGCAGAUUGUUACUCUCAUACCUACCUGGUCUGUUCCAUUGACUGCAACUGCAAUGCAAAUAUGACCAGUGGCCAAGGUCUCUACAGGUACUUAAUGCUCAGAGACAAACUUCUUGCCCCACCCAUCUUAAAGUUGACAACAACCCUCUACAAGGGUGCACACAUUUGGAGGCAAACAUGGGGCCCGUCCAAGUCUUAACUUCAGCCCCACCACUCACCAUUCAAAACUUUUUGUGUAAUCGAAGUUUAUGGAUGAAUGCUUAUGCUCACUGUCAAUAAUAUGGGUCUGAACACACACCCUCCAAAGCUGUUUGGUUUUAAAUCCCACACACAAUGCACUUCCCUAGUUCAGGGCUUUCCUUUGCAGCCCCUGGCCACUACUUAAACCAGUCUCUGCCUCAACAACCUGCUGUGUCUCCUUAGCACUCCGUACAGAAACCCCUCUCAGAUGCUGACGGUGGCCCAACCCUCCCCCAGUAACCCCUAACUACCAGCACUCUCGCAAGUGGCAUUCGAGAUCAACCUCACCUACGGUUUCUUCAGUGUGGUGAACAUAGGUGCUUGGGAUCCAAGAGGAAGAUGGAGUCAGACCGUCAAAGUACUAAUAAACAUCCAUCACUGUCCUGCUGUUACCAUCAAAACUGCUAACGUUGCCAUUGGAUUAUCAGCCCUGUGCUAUACCUUUAUAGUUCAGUCGCAUUGACAUUAGGAGCCCAUGUUAUACAGUAAAUCCUUGCUGUCUAAGUAUCAAUAACUAUACUCUAGAUGCAUUUAUACCAUUGCUUUCAACAUCUCAUUUUAACCAAUGCUCUGUAUGUUAAACUGUCUCGCUGUACUCAGUGAGUUGACGAUAUCAUUUCCUACCAAACUUACUAAAUAAACAAUAUUAAUUUCUGAGAUC